AUGUCAGGAAAACGAGAGAAGAUCUCUUUAGUGAUCCUAGCAGCAGUGAGCUUCCGAAUUUUAUUCAAAGUAAGCUAUUUUACGUGGAUAAAAUUAUUGGCACCAAAUCUAGGCUUAGGUAUAGAUUUAAAGAGUCAAGGUAGAUGGGCAGUGAUCACAGGAGGAACCGAUGGUAUUGGUAAAGCAUAUGCCAAAGCACUCGCUGCUAAAGGACUCGAUAUCGUUCUAGUAUCAAGAUCAUUGAUAAAGCUCAGAAACGUCGAAACCGAAAUAAAAGAGAAAUAUGGGGUGGAGACUCGUAUCAUUGAGGCUGAUCUAACCAAAGGUCAAGAGGUUUACUCUAAAAUAGCUGCAGUUAUCGAAGAACUCGAGGUUGGCAUUCUAAUUAACAACGCUGCAAUGGCUUACGAUUAUCCAGAAUUGAUGACAGAAGUGCCAGAAGAAAUGCUGAAUAAAAUAGUGCAAAUUAAUGUGGCUGGUGUGACCGGUGUAACAAGGGUGGUUCUACCAGGCAUGAUAAAACGAAAGAAGGGUGUUGUUAUUAAUAUAAGCUCAAUAACGGGUGAUAUUAUAAGUCCAUAUUUAACAGUCUAUGCUGCUAGCAAAGCUUAUAUCAUUAAGUUCAGUGCUGAUUUAGCUGCGGAAUUAUUUUCGAGUGGUAUUACCGUGCAAUGUAUCAUUCCCGGACCAGUUGCCACUAAGAUGUUAAAAAUAAGGUCAACAAAUUGGAUGAUAUCGACUCCUGAUAAUUUCGCCCAAUCUUCCUUGAAAACUGUAGGAAUCGAAUUAUUAACAACUGGAUAUUUUUCGCAUCAUUUAUUGUACGCAUGUGCGAAGACUCUGGCAUGGGUUUAUAAGAAAGGUGCAAUACAAUUGACAAGUCGGACUAUGUUUAAAUUGAAAAAUAAUUAUCUUAAAUAUAAGAUGAUGAAACAAGAAAAAAUGGAAAAGAUAGAAAAAAAUGAUGCUUUAAUUUAGCAGGCAUCAUCGCGCUAUUGGUAAGUUUCUUUCCGUGUAGAAUGCAGGAAGGAGAUGGACUAUUUGUAUUUUCGAUCCAAGUUACGCUUAAGGCA